CUGAUUGGUCAAUCGUGGGCUGAAAAAUUGUAUAAAAUAGAACACAGAAGAGCAGAGGUAUGCAACUAGGACUGUGAAUAGACCGAUUUACGUCUGCUUCUGAAGCCAGAAAUCAAGAUCACCAUGAAGAUCGUGUUGGUGUUCAUCGCUGUGUGCUUUAUUGCAGUCUCCUGUGCUGUUCCUAUUAAGGAUGAGCAUGAACGAGAGAAGCGCUCAUCCAGCAAUGAGUCUAACCAAAGAGUACGGUUCCAGCCACCAUUCUUUCCAUACAUUCCCAGCAUCAACCCCAACCCCAACCCCAACCCCAACAUAAACACCAACAACAUGCUGAAUCUUCUGCUGCCCCUGCUGCUCGGACGUCUGGCCUCUGCCCCUACCACAGGCAAAUAACACCACCACUUCAAAUUAUCUUGUUAUGUAAGAUUAUUGGUAGCUUCUUGAAAUAAAGACAUGUCCAUAAUAAGCA